AUGGAAUUUGAAUAUUCAAAAGCUUGGGGUUUAGAACAUGAUUUUAGAGGUUUGUCCUGGUGGUGUCCCUCUCCUCCAUCUCCUACAGUAGUAUGGUCACAUCCACCUCCAAACCGAGUUAAGAUUAAUACUGAUGCUGGACAUUCCUUGGUUCUACAGAAAGCUACUUCCGGUGUGGUUAUUCGAGACGAACAUGACCACGUUCUAGGAUCCUUCUACCAAAGUCAUAGCUCUCUCUCAUCGGUCUUCAUGGAGGACGCACUUGCAGCUUUUCACGGGCAUCUUUUUGCGAAGGGUUUGGGGUUUUCUCUUGUAAUUUUAAAAAGUGAAUCGGAAUCCAUUAUCAGCAAACUCCAGUCCAACGUUGAUGACUCAUCGGUUAUCCGGAGCACAAUCUGGGACAUCCUUUGCCUUUCCAAGUCGUUCGCGGAGUGCCUUUACCGUUACACACACAGAGAAAGAAAUCGAGCUACACAUGAAAUGACGAAGGAAGGUGUUGGGUAA